ACCCGCGCGGGGGCCGGGGGAGAGCGGCGGUCCCGGUGCGCAGAAGGCGGGGACGGCGGCGGCGGCGCAGGGCAUCGCCCCGCCGGCGAGGAGCGGCGGGCAGGUCACUGGUACCCAGCCUGGAAACAGUUGCUCCUUUGCUUCGGAAACUGCAGGCGGCUUUCCUAAACAUUCACAUGCACGCAGAACCCCCAAAGAAACCCCGCAUGGCGGUGAGCAGCGCAGAUCGGCUGAACCCGAUAAAACAGAUGCUUUUAUACUCUCAAAGUUGAUGCAUUUGCGUUUUUGGCCUCUGCUGAAUAUACUUUUAUUGUUCUGCAAUCAACUUUUCAAUAUUCCGCAUCUGAUAUGGUAGGAGCCAGCCUCACUUCUGCAGAGAUGUUAUCGGAGACAGUGAGUGGAACAAGCCGUGGAGAUGCUUUUAAAGAGGGAAUAAAUCACUGUCUUGCCUAGGGACAAUGCGGUUGAGGAUGAGCAGCUGUGGCCUGGAAAGCCCGUCAAAGGGAAUAAAACCACAGGAGAGCUUCCCCUGGCUUGUUUUUUUUGCUGUUUUUUUUUUGGGGGGGGGGGCUUGUUUUGGUUUGGGUUUUUAAUGUGGAAAAAAAUAAACUUUGAUUUCUGGCAUAUUUUUGGACCUUGAAAGAACGAUCACCAGAGAGUUUCCAGCAGUUAGCGGCGAUAGUCGGACGGAGUUCUGAACUUUGCCAUCGACCCUCAGCCCUCUGACGCUGAUAAGAAAUGGCACCAACUUUCUAGCUACGGUGCUGGUGCCAGAAGAAAAGAAUGAUUGAUGGGAAACAGACACCAGCCUGUAGACACUCAUCCUUUUGCUUCGGAUACUGAUUUAUCAGUGUGUCUGGGCAUCCCCUGCGAGCCCUGAACACAGAGGAUCACUCAGGGUUAUCGACAGUGUAGCUGAAGACCUGCAACUUCACAAAUUAUUAUCUGCUAUUGGACAUCUUUUACAAGAAGCCUGACAGAUAAGUUAUAAGACAAAGGACAAGCACUGCAUUGCUGUGAAAGGCUGUCAUCAGGGCCUGGGUGGCUUCUACCAAAGUCUUUAACAUAGUGAAAUAAACAUCCUAUCCUAAUGCUUCACGUUUGAGUUGGAACCUAUUUUAUAAAUAUAUACAUGUGUAUGUACGUAUAAUCUAUAGACCGCACGUAAGCCAGCACUGAGCAUCCUUGCAAAGGUGACAUAAAAGGAUUUAGAAAUGUAUUGGUCAAGAUUCCUGUCACUUCACGCCCUCUGGGUUACUGUCUCCUCCAUGAUGCAGCACUACCCUUCUGUGUGGGGACACUAUGACGUGUGUAAGACUCAGAUUUACACAGAAGAAGGAAAAGUAUGGGAUUACAUGGCCUGCCAGCCAGAAGCCAGAGAUAUGAUCAAAUAUGUAAAAGUGACUCUGGAUCCUCCAGACAUAACAUGUGGAGAUCCUCCUGAGACCUUCUGUGCAAUGGGGAAUCCCUACAUGUGCAAUAAUGAAUGUGAUGCAAGUACCCAAGAACUGGCUCAUCCUCCAGAACUGAUGUUUGAUCUUGAAGGAAGACAUCCCUCCACAUUUUGGCAGUCCACAACUUGGAAGGAUUAUCCAAAGCCUCUUCAUGUUAAUAUUACGCUCUCCUGGAACAAAACCAUUGAGCUCACAGAUAACAUAGUUAUCACUUUUGAAUCUGGCCGUCCAGACCAAAUGAUCCUGGAGAAAUCACUCGACUAUGGACGAACAUGGCAGCCCUACCAGUACUAUGCCACAGACUGCUUAGAUGCUUUUCACAUGGAUCCAAAAUCAGUGAGGGAUUUAUCACAGCACACAGUCCUAGAAAUCAUUUGCACAGAGGAAUACUCUACUGGGUACAUGACAAAUAGUAAAAUAAUCCACUUUGAAAUUAAAGAUAGAUUUGCUUUUUUUGCUGGACCUCGGCUUCAUAACAUGGCUUCUCUUUAUGGCCAGCUUGACACAACCAAGAAGUUAAGAGAUUUCUUUACCAUCACGGAUCUGAGGAUAAGACUGCUUAGGCCAGCAACGGGUGAAAUAUAUGUAGAUGAGCAACACCUGGCACGCUACUUUUAUGCAAUUUCAGACAUAAGGGUAUAUGGAAGGUGUAAGUGCAACCUUCAUGCUACUGGCUGUAAAGAAGAAAACAAAAGACUACUUUGUGAAUGUGAGCAUAACACAACUGGCCCAGACUGUGGAAAAUGCAAGAAGAAUUACCAGGGCCGACCAUGGAGCCCUGGUUCUUAUCUGCCUAUACCUAAGGGCACUGCUAAUAUCUGUAUACCCAGUAUUUCCAGUAUUGGUAACUGUGAAUGCUUCGGGCACUCCAACCGGUGCAGUUACAUCGAGCUGCUCAAUACGGUCAUUUGCGUGAGCUGUAAGCACAACACUAGAGGUCAGCACUGUGAGUUAUGCAGGCUGGGCUACUUCAGAAAUGCUUCUGCAGAGCUGGACGAUGAAAAUGUGUGCAUAGACUGUUAUUGUAACCCUUUUGGUUCAGUCCAUGAUCGCUGUAAUGACAGAGGAUUUUGUGAGUGUAAGGAGGGAACAUCAGGGCCUAAAUGUGAUAAAUGUCUGCCGGGAUAUAUCUGGCACAGCUUGGGCUGUCAACCAAACGUAUGUGACAAUGAACUACUGCACUGCCAGAACGGCGGGACGUGCAUCAACAACGUGCGGUGCCAGUGCCCUCCGGCUUACACUGGCAUUUUGUGCGAGAAGUUGAAGUGUGAGAGGGAUCCAGGAGGCUGCGGCCAGAACUCGGGCCAGGGGUCAAUGGCACACAGGCCUCUCAUACUGCUGACUGCUCUUCUGGCAGCAGCGGGACUCUGCACGUGGUAGGCUCCGUGUGCUGGAUGGCAUCACACUCAGACUGCUUCAAAUGAACGUGCCACACGAAAACUGGACAACACCCAAGCGUUUGCUACCGAAAUCUAAAAAGGAAAAAGGAGAGAAAAAAUAACCACAUACAGACUAAGAAGGCCUAACUGAACUAAGCCAUAUCAAUCAGUUAUGGACAGGGCUCUGAGUCAAGACUGUUCAUCUCUGACUCGAGACACGUUGGCAGCUGCCUGUUCUGUCAAAUCAAUCAAUGCUGGCUGCAAAGCUUACACAGGACUGAAACGGCUUUGACGGCCCCCAGAAUGGGAAGAGAAUUUAAACAACAUUUGCUACUCCUAUAUGGUGCGCUACUGUACCUCUGCCCAGUGUGUGGACCGACCAAAUAAAGGCAUUCUUUGCUGUCAGUGCAUUGUGGGUAUAAGGAAAUCUGUAAAAGCUGCCAUAUUGGCCUGCUUCAGUCCCCAAAUCCUUCCCAACCUGUGCUUUAGUGAACGUUGCUCUGUAACCCUUGUUGGUUGAAAGAUUUCUUUGUCUGAUGUUAGUGAUGCACAUGUGUAACAGCCCCCUCAAUAAAACUCAAGCCAGUCAUAUCCUUGUAUACCUUAGAAGCACUGCAUCAGUAAGAUGCUGUGUUCACCUACUGUACAAGAGUGGCUAUAGGACAAAAAGUGUAUUUAUCCUUUUGUAUUCAAAUGAAGUUAUUUUUCUUGAAAUAAUGUACAAUGUAGAUUUUUUGUAUUAUUGCCUAUUUGUGUUACCAGACAAUUUAUUAAUGUAUUUAAUUCUAAUCAGAUAAGAGAAAACUAUUACUUUUUAUUUAGUCCUUUUCUUUUUCCUUUCAUUUAAUUGUGCAGAGAUUUCUCUGUAUGGGCAACGUGCUGGCAUCAAAGAAUAUCAGUUUACAUAUAUAACAAGUGUAAUAAGAUUCCACCAAAGGACAUGAUAAAUGUUUUCUUGUUGCUUUAACACUGGAAGAUUUCAAAGAAUAAAAAUUCCUGCAUAAACAGUUCCAGGAUGACGCAUUGCUAUUUCUUAAGGCCUUUUUAGAAAACAAAAAACAAACAAAAUGUUUAUGAUUUUACCACCUAGUAUGUGGAAGAAACCCAGAUUCAAAAGUGGAAAUUACAUCAUAACAAUCUAACCUGGCUUUAUUGCUACUACUUUCAUACUCUUGCAAGUAACCUUAAAUAAUUUACUUGAGGAAGCUUUCAUCAAAUCCUAAGAUUGAAAAAGGUAUGAAAACUUGAAUAGCUCUCAUCUUUGUUCUCUCAAUUAAUCACAGACAUUAUUCCAAAACCAAAUUACAAGGUAUCAUAGAAGCUAGUCUUUCAUUCACACUAUUUUUGUGGAUUAUGACAAUAAUGAAGUGGAUAUAACCACAGCUUGUAUUGUUUCUCCAAAAGCUUCAUUAAAAUGAUAUGUUUAUAUAUGUACUAGUCUGCUUAAGAAACUGCAAAAACAGCAGCAAUCACAAAAAAGCCAAGAUUUAACUUUUAAUAAAGUAAAAUUCAAUAUUUAGAAGGAAUGUCAAAAUAUACAGCAGUGAAUAGGUAAAAAGUGCUGCUCCAGCAAAUAAAGUUUAUUUCAAGUAUUGCCCAGGGUGUAAUAAAUUCUUGUUUCUGCCUUUUAUUAGGCCAAUUACUGAGUGUGACAGAAAAGGAUAGCAAGAACAGAGAGGCAAGCCAAAACCACAGCAGUGUUUCAAAGACCUGGGAAAAAAAAAUCAAAAGGUACUAACACUGUGUGAAUUCAUUUCCUGCCAAUUUUCAUCAUAAUGUUUAUAAAUAUUUUACCAACAUAAUAGCCUAGUGAGGAAAACAAUUAAUGGGCAAAAGAAAAAGUCCAGAAAGAAAUACAUUCUACCUGACUGCCUCUUCCAAAUGGUGAACAGCCCAGAAUUGAGAACACUCCCCUCUCAGAUAACCUCUUUCUGUGAGGAAGCAAGUUUUGCAGGACAGUACCCAGCCUCCAGAAGUGGGUAGGGAAACCAGGUCUUCCUUUCUAAAAAGAAAUAGGAUUCUAAAAGAAUCCUAUGAAGAGGCCGAUGACAACAAGCCGGUGCUUCUUCAAACUGUUGCCUUGACCCUUCAUCAUGUAGAAUGUUUGCUCUUCACUCUGCUACUCUUUUAUGGACUACAUAAGAUAAGGCACAGAUAAAUUAAGUGCUUGGCUGGAUGCCAGUCAUGGCCUACAUGAGAUUGCAGGUAUAUUCUUGAAAUAUGUUCUCAACAAUAAACAGAAAAUUAUAUUGAGCAGACUCAAUGAGGAAUAUAAAUGCUAAUACAGGUGGCAUACAGAGUCAGAGAUUACCUAUAAUUAAGUGGAUUUUUGAUAAUAAAAUGUGGAAUUUAAGUUUUUUUAAAGCUUUUUAGCACAGACCAAUUCAGAUUGUGUAAUUAUUGGAAAAGAUGUGCUUUAAUUGUCAUUAUAAACUCAAGGUUUUGUGAAAGUGCUAAGCAAGCAUGUUAUGCAUAUUUGGUUAGAAGGGAUUCUGCCAGCAGUGCUGAAGUAUAAUGAAUGUAAGGUCACAAUCAAUUCAGCUACAUUCCAAUUUCAUAUACUUGUGAUCUUCUAAACCAGGGCAGAGUAUAUGGCUUUCCACGUAUUUAGCUGCCAUUUCAUGGAUUUUAUCCUCCUCCACCUAUUAAUAAAAUUACAGUUUUAUACAGGAG